AUGUUGUUUGCCACUUUUCAACGGUUGACAAUGCCUCGAAUAGGCUUGUCGAUGAUUAAUGGCAACGGUUUUUGCAGCUUGUCCGUAACAAUCGUUAAACUUCCUGAGAAAAAUUUUACCUUGAAACUCAGUCAGCUUCUUUUGUUCGAUAAAUACAAAUUUGUGACAAAAAAUUCAAUCGCAUCUAGACCGCGACGAUUCAUUUUUACAACAUCAAGUAAAUUCCACGGAACACAAGGCAUUCAACAGAACGUAUCCACUCUUCAAAUAAAAAAGCGUCCGUUGAGAAAAAAGAGAUCUAUAACGGAGGACGAAGAGAGCAACAUGCCUGGAUUCUGGAAUGUCAAGUCACUGGCCACUGCAGAUGAAUAUGAUUUAGAAGGACUCACGGAUGGUUUACUUAAACAGAAUUUAUACUUACCGCAAAAGAUCUCUUCAUCUUCAGAAUCAAUGCCAGGUGUGAUUCACGCAACAGCUAAAUAUGAGGUAGAAACAGAGCCCCGCGAAGUCUACUUUUUCCGAGAAGGAACUGUUGUUUUUUGGAAUAUGUCGGAACUUGAAAGUGGAAAUUUACUGAGAUUCUUGAAAUCCUAUGAACAACAUAGUUACGCUGAUAAACUAGUGCAGUCAGAGAGUGAAAUGAUGCUGUACACGCAUUCAGAAUCUAGUAAGAAGAGCCAUUUGAAAGAAGGAAAUAUCAUGUUGGCAUCAAAUGCCAAUGACUUGGACAAAUACACAUUUUCAAAUGCAAUUGCACUGUCCGUCAAACUCGGAAUAUGGGAAGCAUCACUGGACCGUUAUGUGGAUUCAAUUGCUUUUGUUACCGACGAUUUGAAAUCUGGUCGUCCAAUAAAAAUGUCGAGGGAAGAAGUACUGCGGAAGCAAGGCGAAUUGUUUGCACUGAGGCAUAUGAUCAACUUGAGUUCCGACCUUUUAGAUACUCCAGAUUUUUACUGGGAAAGAGAUGAGUUGGAGAAUUUAUUCCAACAAACGUGCAGUUAUUUCAGUAUUUCCAAACGUACUCGAGUAAUGAACGAGAAACUGAAUCAUUGCGUUGAACUAGUAGAACUUUUGUCAUCUCAUCUUAGCGAUCGUCACCACGUUCGUUUAGAAUGGAUGAUAAUCGUAUUAAUUAUGGUUGAGGUAGUAUUUGAAGUACUACAUUACGUCGAUCGUUAUUUUGCCGAUCAACCCGAAACAACUGAAGUGUCGACCUCCUAGUUACACUCCAAUAUCAAUUAAAAUGUCUAUAUAUAUAUCAUUUCCAGUAAAUAAUUUCUAUAAUAGCAAGUUAUAAAUACUGUAAAUAUAUAUAUAGUAUCUGUUUAUAAAGUAUAAAUAGUUAGUUAUUUGUUAUUUGCCAUGUUGCCUUUAGGAUAAUAAGAGAAACCAACGUGUAAGGGGUUGAAAAACGUUGUAGCGAUUAUUAGAUUCAUUUUAGCUAUCAGACCCAUGUGUUAUAGUGGCGUGACCUAAUUUUAA